AUGACGAUCGAAUUUAAGGGGGAAAAUUAUGAACAGUCCAGGAAAGAGAAUGAAGACAGGAAUGGCUACACAACUGGCGAUAACUACAAAAUAAAUGUAGACAUAAAAAUGAGUAACUUUGCCUCAUCAAACGGAACAAAUACAAGUAAUGGUGACAUGCACAAUUUGACAAAGUGGAAACUAUUCAAGGUAUUAUUCCUAAGGUUAGCAAUCGCAUUAAUAUUUUUAGUAAUCUCCUUGAUCAUACAAGGAUUUUUCAUGAUAUAUAGCGAUUCAUAUUAUAAGAGGUACACCACACCGUUGAGUGAUCGAAUUCACAAUUUGUUUGAGAAUCCACCUGAAUGGAUAUCUUACAAUUUGUCAAACAAUUUAAUAGCAUUGUUGUCAAUUACUUUCGUACAAUUGAUUUUGUUUAAUAGUGUGUACUUGUCUAUGGCCAUUGUUUGUCGCUUCCUUUACAUGCUGGGCUUUUUUUAUUUAUUAAGGGGCGUACUUAUCUAUGUCACUUCCCUUCCAGCCACAUUGGAAACGUGUGUGCCUCUGGAAAGUGGAAACUUUGCAUUUAAUUUAUUGCAAAUAGUUAAAAUAAAUAUGAACUUAGUUUAUGUAUGUUCUGAUUUGAUUAUAUCUGGUCAUUCCUUUUCAACGACCAUAUUUUUAUUGUUCGCCCUUUUUUACAUGAACAAUGUUGUACUAAAGACCCUGAUAACUUUCUUAUGUUGUUUCAUUUAUGCGUUCAUAAUUAUUGGGUUUAUCCAUUACACUUCCGAUGUGUUGCUCGGAUUUACUUUUGGCAUUUUUAUUUUCACCUUUUACCAUUUAAUGCUAGACAUGUCUGCUCAAUAUUACAUUUUUAAUAAAUUAUUUGAAAUUAAAAUUAUUUCAAAUAAAAAAAAUGUGCAGGCCAAACCGUUUUUUUUAAGAUGUUUUCUUACCAGAGUGUUUAUAAGAAUAAUUCCAUUACUUGAGGGAUUAAAUUACUCUAUAGAUUAUGCGAUAAGUAAAAAUUCAGACUUAUCCAUAUUUUGUAUUUGUGAGAAGGAGUUCGCUAUGAGUAUGCCCGCAACAGCAUGUUCUUCGCAGGAGUCCUCAGAAGAAAAUAAAAUUUGUGUCAAUUAUUCUGAUCAUUUAUUUCAUUCCUAUGCUGGGGAUGGCACGAUUAAUUUUUUGUUAUUCAAGUUUUUAAAGACAAUUAAAGUGAACUAA